CGUUGACACACCGCUCGACUCGUCUCGUGCUUGACCAAACCGGUGAGAAUCUUUCGCUGCCCCCUGCAUCGCCAGCGUGGCAGAGGGAGACGUCGAACGACAGACUACAAAGACCUGCCGAAAUGCUCCUCCACCUCGUGGUCCUGAAAUGACCGCUACCUCGCCGUCGAGACCACCGUUGCCGCCCAACAUAUCCACAAAGUCGUCCUCUACAGCCUCAUUGUCGCAACUGAGCGCAGUAGCGGGCAGCAAGACCUCUUCUUCAGCACCUCGCGCUUCCUCUCGUGUUCCUCCUGCGACCCGUCGGGAUGUCCCGAUCCAAGACCCUACCUCAGAAAGCGCCACAUUGUCCCUGAUCAGAAGAACCUUGGUGACGGAUGGAAGUCACGGAGCAGAUCCAAGAGCAUCACCGAGACCGAUUGAAGGAAUCUUACCUCCACUUACUAGCUCAAAUGAAGUCGACGUCCAGCUUUAUGCCAUCGUGGCAAUCAUCAUCAAGGACUUUGUCAACUCUUGGUACUCGAAGAUAACCCCGGAUCGUACUUUCAUAGAUGAGGUCAUCCAGAUCAUUGCACACUGCAGCCGGGCGCUCGAACAAAGGGUCCGGCAGAUUGACGUGACAGAGAUGUUACUGGAUGAGCUGCCGGUGCUGGUUGAACGACAUAUACACGCAUACAGAAUAUCUACAACGGCCCAGGCCGCGCUGCAGUAUGGAGAAAGCCCUCGCCGAAUCUACCACUCUCUCAAUCCGCAUCCAGCGCUCGACCUUUCGCUCACCGCCGAGGAGCAACGCCUUCGCGAGUCAGCCUACCGACAACUGCUGAUUCAGGGGGCUCUUGCCGUGCUUCUGCCUACGGAGGACCUGGCCAACGCUUGUCUCAGAACUCUGGUGACGGAUAUCAUUGCGGACCUCAUCCUUGGACAAGCACUGGCAGAGAGAGUCUGUCAGCCAUGGUUUUUACAUGGAGCUGUCUCCAAGGUUGUGGAGAUCGUGACAUCGGCCCCUUCAAAGGCCGCCGCCAACAAGGCAAUCCUCCAACAACAAGGACGACAAAGCCGUCUUGAGCAAUUUGGCCUAUUAACUGCUAACAAAGCGCAUCAAAAGGGUCAUUCGUCAAACCGAAGCCAAUCAUUGCUUAGCGCCUGGUUCUGGACACUGUUACAGUACGCCUUCGUCGCAUAUCAGUCCAUGCGAUUCAUCCUCGUCGGCAUGGCACAUGCGCAGACGCUGCCUACAAGGGUCCGUUCUCGCGGCGUGGACACGACGGCUGCACCGUCGCCGUCGAAAGGAAACUCUCCCUCAUCAGUGCACGGCAAACCGGACCCCGACGGCUCUGGCACCCGCGCCAUCCUUGAUUACAGGGUAUUCUCAUGCAUUUCUACCAUUCUGGAUUUGUCGAUUCGCAUGCCGUGGCUGGCGGCUUCAUUGAGUUUCUGGCAGCACAUCCUGGUCGAUGGUCUUGGUGGCUACGGUUCUGCAAGUUCGACCUUGGACAAGUUUCUAUAUCAUAACUUGUCAAGUCGCGUUCUCUCGCCAUCCCUUCUCCCACCAUUGCUGCUUCAAGUGCGAGCAACCCUCUUUCCGAAUAACUCAAUUGGUCCUCCAGCCCCUCCACCUCCAUCCGUCGAAGAGGCGAAAUUCAUCCGGUCAAGAGCUGCCAGAGGCAUUCUUUCUCUUUUUCCCCAACCUGUAGCUCGGAAGCUCUUUGCUGCCUCUGGUGGAGAUGAACAGGAGAUACAAGAGGCAAUGAGUACAGAGGUUGAGGAUAGUAUUUUGUGUUGGACAAAUGAUGUACAUUUGAACAAGCACUUGAUUUACUCAAUCUUGGAGCAUAUCAUACUCAGACUGGUGCCGGAAAUGGAAGGAAAGACCCCCAGUGAAAUCUUGGCCGACAGAGGUAUUGUACUCGAUGAUGAGGAGAUGGUUUUGGUGGACAUUGAGCGUAAUGGAAAGAUGUGACUUGAAUUACAAGUGAGGACACAUGACAUUUGCCCUCACCACGGAUAUGAUGGAACGGCAUUCGAAUGUUCUUGAAUGUGUCACAAUAUAUCAUUUUAUUCGACCAUAUUUGAAAGUACAGCGUACAGUUUUG